GGACACCUACGCCGUCCCUGGUGGCGUUUACGAUGGCACAUGGGGAUUAAACGGGCUCUUGAGUGCUAUGUGCCUUGGAGGUCUCUUCUUCGUGGUGAACUGGCCCGCUACAGUGGCUGCGGUCCUAUGUUCUUUUCUCUCUACAGUUAUUAUGAACGUACUGAUUCCUCCAUUUGCGCAGGCCAACCUCUCUCCCAUGAGCCUACCUUUCAACAUCAGCACUCUGUUAUUCUUAUGCGUGUCGUCGGCCGGUGCUCUUGUCCGUCCGGACGUCAUCAGCUACCCGGAGAAGCAUCGUCAAGAAUACAAACACAUGCUUUUGCGAAAAACACAGGAACAAUCAUCCUCGACGUCCGACAUUAAUGAUAAGGAUGAAGACAUGGAGAAGAAGGCGUUGUCUGAAGUGAAAGUAGUGUAAAGAAGAAACCAACGUGGAAGGGACGCAGAGCCUAGUCACGGACACUCGGCUGGCUUCAUCAUCCGCUCCGAUACCUUCCACCGUUUCUGAAAUGAAAAGCAAAAUGGAGUUGCGUCCCUGGAAACAAUUCAUGAUUUGACAUCUUUAUCAAUACAGUGGUCAGAUCAUCUCUUCAGCUGUCAUCAAAAUAUGCAAUAACGCCAUGUUAAUUUGGAUAUAUGGAAAUAAGAUAAGAGCAGUGAAUUAAAGAACAAUACCGAUUGUAUUUUGUGAAUAUAUUGUGACGUUUGCAAAGCAACUACCGAGUGCCAGUAACCUAGAAAAGUACUCGGAUUAUCAGAAAGGGAUGGUCUUAAAAAUUUGCUUUCCAUAAUGAUCUAUUCCUUGCGAAAAUCCAGUUUAUACUUUAUCAGCAAAUACAUUUUAUUAAUAAGCUUAACUAUUUAAUAAACUUUCCCAUGGGAAAAGCGUAGUUUCAGAAUCGAAUAUUCCUACUUCAGAUGUCGGCAAUGAAGAAGCCUGAAAAUUUUAAUGGAAAACUCGAAACAAUUAUGUCGCCUUCUGAAACUGUAUUAGCAGGGAAAGAAUUUUUAUAAUCCGGGAAAUGGUCUGUUGUAGGACCAGUUGUGAAUCUGCACAACGAAUUUGACGACACAAGGAUCUACAGCAGAUGUCCUCAACAGAAAAUACAGCGAAUAAUUAACCAUAUGGAAGAUAAUUACACCAUGUCAUCAGGAAGCGUCAGCAACUUAAAAUCUGAGGCUGUUGAAGGUACGAGUGCCCAAUCAGACUCGACUAUCUUUGGCUUAGAAACAGUUAACAAAGAUAUAAUUGUUAAAAGUUCAGAAGGCAACUUACAAUCAAAUAUAGAUGAUUUCGGAAUAGAGUCAGAACAUUAUGACAUGCUUACCAACAAUGAGAUAGUUCUCCCCUUUGGAAACUCAAUUAAUGAUUCCGAAAUAAAAUCUGGCGACUUACUGAAACCACUGAAGAAUGAAAACAAUGAUUACUGUAUGCCUCAUGAUAAUUCUUUCUGUUUACGAAUCAUUGAUAACAGUGAGGAGCUUGAGACAGUGUACCCUACAGUAACUGCAAAACAAGAGAAUCGUACUGUGUUGUCAAGAAAUUGUGAGGUAAGAGGUGCUGAAGAUUUGAUACAGAGGACUUGUGGUACCGAACCCGAAGGCAGCUUUCCACUUAGUGUAGACUUCACUCAGUAUGACGAGGUAAAUGAGAGGAAACGGAAAAGGAAACGCAGGAACAAGAAGCGGAAGGGAAGAUCAACAGAGACAAUAGAAAUACUGCAGGGAGAAGACCGGGCUGCCGUGCAGGAGCGUCGCAAGAUGGUGGCUGUUGUGAGCGUGUUCGCCGCCUCCAUCUUCCUUACUGCUGUUCUGCUCAUUGUCAUCACCCUGCAUAUGUCACAGACUUUACACCCGAAAGCGCUCAACAUGGGAGGAGUCCCAGAGAACCUCACAGCUGGCAGUGGUGAGCAAGAUGACCACAAAAUUCUUCACGACGUAGCGACCCACUUUGGCGCGGACACAAGAAGCGGUAGAGACAAUAAGAUCCUGACCCAAUAUGCUUAACAGAAGAUAGUAGCCACUCAGCUGCCGUCAAGGAACAUUCAGUGCUCAGAGAUAGAUACCAAAGUCUGUGCGUUUCUAUAUCUUAUUUACGAUUUCUGCAUGAAUCAUCUAGGCGAAUGCUCCUGAAAAAUAUUCUGCUGCGCUUAUCUCCUCAAGAAUAUAUUCACACGAAUUCUGUGGUAAAACACUUCAUUUUCUCGUGAGCAAGUCGUGUGCAUUUGUGUCAUAGAGCAUGGGUAGUGCAUUCAAAAUAUAUUACGAUAAUUCCAGUAAUUAAGCUCUGUACUGCAAAAGAACCUAAAGAAUUGCAUCAUUACAUUAAAUGAAAGUUUCCUUUCAAUAAUAGUCCAAACAGUUAUUCAUAAUUUUAAGUAACCACACAGCAUUACUGUUGCAAAUAGUAAUCUUAGUUAUAUUCACAAAAUAUUUGAGUGCUUGGAUGUCAGAAAGAAAUAAUAAAAUCCAUAAACUUAUUCCGUAGGCAAAAUGUCGAUUUAAAGUAUGAUACAAAAACUGGUGAGCAUAUUUAUUUCUGCCCCACACAGGGUAAAAAGAUAAUUUUUGCCUACACGACAACUUCGUCGCAGCCAUGUUGAAGUACUUUCCAUAAAACGCUGCUGAUGAAUACGAUCAGCAGUUCUGCUUGCCUUUAGUAGGUUGAAAUUUCCGUUACCUCUUUCUUGCUAUUCGUACAUUUUCUGUUAUGGCUCUUCCACAUUUACUUCACAAGAUGCUGGAACAGCUCCGUAAUACGUUGUCUUAGUACUGUACAAGUGUGUUGUGGCUUCAUGUCAAGCUGUAAGUGCAUUUACUUCCUCCUACUUUCUCUGUUUCGGAUUAUUUCCGUCUCUCUGCAGCAGGGAUGUGUUCUUGUUAAAAUUGUAGCAGUUCAUUAAGCUGGGGUGAGUGCUGGUGUUAUAUUGAGACAGUUAUCUCUAAUUUCUUCUUCAGUGAAGACUUUAAGGUAAUUUUCUGGAGUUUCUCUUCACUAUAAAAUUUACGCAGAAUUGAUUUAUUUUAAGAACUGUUAUACGGAAGGUUUGUGACGUCGUAAGGGAUGCACAUUAGCUUUCCUUCCGGAGGAAAUGUUUAUCCGAUUCUCCAUAUUUAGCGUCAUGUUCUAAAAGAGCUACUACUAUUCAUGUGUCAAAGGACAUAUUCUUGCAUUCAGCUUAAUCGCAGAAGCAACGAAGGUCUGCACAAAAUACAUUAAAUGUUUUUAUAAUAAUAAUCUGAAAUACUCCCUCCUAAAAGUAUCAUUAUUAAAACUGAUAAAAAUUAUUUGGUACAUAUAAGAGAAAGGGAAAUUUCUUUUUUAUCUCAACUGCAUUUGUUGAACUGUCACUUCAUGAAGUGGUCUUUAUAUAAAGUGUAUCGACGUGUUGUCACAAAGUUACUCCAGACAGGAGAAGACAGAUGCUUUAUUGUCAACGAGGACGUUGCCUUCUAUAGCAACCACGAAAUGAGUAACAGAAUAACUGACAAUCUUCUAUUAUUUGCUAAGAACAUGGCUCAUAGGCAAUAAUGUUUAUGGUAAAUAUAAGUAUAUGCGAUUCUUCCGUUCGCUCACUUUGCUACGUGCUGCUCAAAUACUGUUACCUGUUCGAAAUUACGGCCAGUUUUUUUAAAGCGAAGAGGUAAACGUUUUGAUACAAUUACACUGUCAUCAAUUGGCCUAUAUAGCUUAAAGAGAUAUACCAGAAAGACAAAAAACAUUUACAAUUGGCACAAAUAAUGUUUUAAUACCAAUCUGUUUAAGAGUAAAAUGUAUCAGUUCAUAUAAUUCUGUACGAAGCAGAGUAAUGGAUUAUACGCUCAAGAUAACGUUUAAUAUUUUCUAGAAUAUGGUUGUUUAAUGAUCUUGAAGAACAACAUUUUUUGCUCAGAUAUUUCAUUAUCGUACGCGUUUUAAGUAAAAAGUGUGAUAAAUUUGUGGCAGUAUUCCAGUAGACAUUUGUGUCGACAAAGCACUGAAAAUACUGAACUGAUCAGUCAAUAUUUACUUAAGUGUGGGAACAAAAGCGAAAUAUAAUUUGUGUAAGCGAUAAGCUGCAGUUAAUUUUUUUAAGAGUGUGAUUUCGAACAUACUAAUUAACAGUUAUGGUAAGAAAACAAAACAAAGUACGAGUGCUUGAAAUAAAGAGCAUAAUUAUAGAAGCCAUUAAAGGACAAAUGUUUGGUAUGAAAAGGUGCAUACUUAUGCACCUCAUUCAAAUAUAAUAGGGACCAUGUUGGGGAAAGAAGCCCAUAACUUUUCGCACCAACAUGGCACCUGGGAUCCGGACAGCAGUACACCGCAGCGCUUGCGCCGUCGGGAUAGUAUGGCAUUCCCAAGAUGAAGCCAAGUUGCCAAGUAGCCGACAAGGCCGUGUCCACUGAGGACCUUGAACGUAACCUCUUCAAACAAGGCACUGAAGAAGACGACGAUGAAGAAGAAAAGAAGAAAAAGAAAGAGACGGCUUCAAAUGCUGGAAACAGCACCGCCAUAGAAGUGAUGCGCUUGGAGGCCGUUCUUGCAGCGCUUGUCGAGAGCAAAGUCGUGGCAAUAAAGGCGGCAUCGUCCAGCAAGAAAUCGGCAAUCAAGAACAUAUUACGCCCCAGGAGUCAGUCCACAACUCACGGUCUCCGCCAGCAACGUCUAACCUCCACAUCCACAACAGCCUCUUCAUCACACAAGGAAAGCAAUCAUCAAACGCAUCACCACCACCGUCACAGGCACUGUCAUAAGAGACAAUCCGACAGUGUUUUGUUCGCGUCCGGAUUCUUCUCAAAGAAACAUCACAGGCACAACUGCAACCACAACCAUAACCACCGCCACCAUCGCCACCAUCACCACCAUCACAUUCUUGCUGAAAAUGAAGGUGACACGAAUGGUCGGGUUCACAUGAAAAUGGACGAAGAAGCCGGAUGCCGGCUGUUGCAACAGGAAACGGCAUUUGGUGGGAGCAUGAUCACGUUGUCGCCUCCAACGGCUGGGCCAUCAAGCAGCUACCAAAACGGAUCACCUACCCAUCAGGGCGGUUUCCACAACUACGAUAGGAGAAGAGAGAAGCAUCGUAUUGUGACGUCCGCUUGCCCCAGCCCGACGCACAGCAC